AUGGAAAAAGGAAUGAAGGCUUUAUACGAUGUUUGUUUUGUGAGUGGCGAAAAUUGUGUUGAAAGGAGUGGGACAUUGGUGAUGGAGAGAGGGAGCGGAAAGGCGAAACCCCACCGCGUGUUCUCGUACGGCACGCUCAAGAAAGGCUUCCCCAACUACGCUCUCAUGGAGGGCAUCCUCCGCAGCGACGACGCCGUUUCGCUCGGCACCUACUUCACCCCCCACCCCUCCCCUCUCGUCUGCGGGCCCCACGGCAUCGGCUACCUCAUCAACCUGCCCGGCUCGGGCCAGCGGGUGAAGGGCGAGCUCUAUGCCGUCUCGGAUGCCGCCGUGGCUCUGCUGGACGAGUUCGAAGGCGUCAGCGUGGGGUGUUACGAGCGCCUACCGCUGGUGGUGGAGGCGGAGAACGGUGGCCAGAGGGUGGAGGCGGAGGCGUACUGGGCACAUAGGAGCGUGGGGGAAGCGUUGUGGAAGAUGAAGGGAGAGGUGGGGCUUAGCGAGUACGGAGAGAAAGAAGCCCGACAGUAUGUGAGGAAGGAGGACCGCCCUGGUGCCAGAAACGCUAUUCUAGACCUUCUUCCUUAA